AUAUCUUCAUUACCUCAAUAAACAAAUGGUUGGCCUGUUAAAAUACUGCUAAGACUUGCGUUAACUUGUUUAAAAAUCUAUGGUGAAAAUGCUCUCAGCAAAUUGUUUUUAAAUUUUUAAUCGUCUUUUUUAUGGGACAUAACGGGAACUGUUUGAAACUGACACCCAGGAUAUACAUUAUCCCUAAAGGCGAAGAAAGCUAGGUGAUAAAUUAUCUUUGGUUGACUCUUUCCACAAUUUUGUUUCUCAGCAGUUUUAGGCCACACGAUUCUUGAAGAGUACAGCUGUGGACAGGAAGACAUCGAGUACAACGUGACUCUCAGAGGAGGCCAGUUCGCAGGCAUUUUCAGAGACCGGGGACCAGUGAAGAACAUGCAGGAGUGCAUGCACAUGUGCUGUAAUACUAAAAACUGUGACGUGGCCAUGAUGCACGGGCCAAAGUGUUUUAGCGUGCGCUGUUUAAAUUAUUCUGUUUGUGAGACGAUUCCCGCGGAUGAUGAAGAUAUUGACAUGCAGAUUGCACAUAUGACGACUAAAGGAACAGGACAAUUGACCAAAGCCUUGGUAAACGACAGUACAGACAGUUAUGAUCCCGAGGCCAAGUGUCCUCACAACGAGAUCAUGUAUAACGUGAAACUAAUGGGCGGAUUAAAAGCGGGAAAAUUCACCGACAUUGGCAAAGUAAAGAGUAUUAAGACUUGCAUCAGAUAUUGCUGUGAGGCCAAAGUGCAGCCCUGCGACCUGGCCUUCAUGCUAUCUGAUCGCUGCUAUCUGGUGAAAUGCUUCUCAGAAGAUAGAUGCCAGGCUAUCCCAGCGGCUGCUAUUGACCAUUCGUUUAAACAGAAAAUGGCGUUCGUGGCGCCAUGGCUAUACGAAAAGAACAAGAAAGUUGUGAAAAUUCCUUCGGGCCAGUCCCCUCAUCACUUACAGUGCAUUCAAAGUAGACGUUACACAAAAUCCCAGCUACUUGAUGGGCAAGACGCAGGGCUCUUCACAGACGUGGGCCGAGUGGCGAACCCUCAAAUAUGUACCCGACUGUGCUGCGAAGACCCUUCCUGUGAUUUAGCUUACAUGUUUGGUCGCACGUGCUUUCUUGUAAAGUGCUACAGCGAGAGGAGCUGUCGGACCAUCCCUGAUGAGGAGGCUGUGCGUAACGACACUAAUUUUGACAGAUCUACUCAAUACAUCAUUAAGCGGAAGUUUGGUGUUCGCCUCAGAGAUGACGGAACCCCAGUUGUGAGGACUGAGACAAACAAAGAAGAAAUUUGUCGUUUGGAUGGUGAGAUAAGAAACAAAACAAUACUGCAGGCCGGUAUGGUUUCUGGUAAGCUCACUCACCACAAAGGUGUCAAGGACAUUACGUCAUGCAUCAAGCGAUGCUGCGCACAGGAGCAGUGUCACGUGGCAAUGAUGAUGGCAGACAAAUGCUAUUCUGUGUUCUGCACAAAUGAGCAAUACUGCCAGCCCAAGCCAGCACCAAUGGAGACGCACCACACAAACCCUACAGUGGCUUAUGUAAAAAGAGGAGAGAUAAGUUUUGCGCCCAAACCAAGGUCUGUGAUGCCACUAAUUGAAAGAUUUCACCCUAACUUUGAGCAAGCUGUGGAAGAAGAAUACGUAGAGGCUGAUGAUAAUGACGCAAAUGCUAGCAACGCUGGCAAUGGAGACGAGGCCCAACAAAACAGUUUGCAGAGUGACCCAGGAGAAGAUAAUAACGGCGUACAAAUGGAGGAAAGUGGUGAAAAUAGAGAAAAUGAAAAUGACCAAAGUGGGAGUGCAAACAGUGGAGAUGAUAGUGACGAUAGUGGGUCUGGGGACAUAAGUGGCGACGCCGUCGAAGGAGAACAAAGCGAGGAUCAGUUAAGUGGAGAGAGUGGAACCGAGGACAGCGGCGAAAGUGGAGAUGAAGACAACAGCGGGGAAAGUGCAGAUGAAGAAAGCGGGGAUGGAGACGAGGAUUCAGAAGAUGAACAACAAGGAUUUUCACAAAUUAGAAAUGCUCCAAGCAACCAAGGCGCUCUUUCUAACUAGUGAUACUUUAUUGAUAGACUAGUUGUUUUAGGUACAAAUAGGGCUCCUUUAGGAAUUCACCGUUGAAAAUUAACGCUUUUUUUUUCGCUGAAGUCGUAUUGUUACUAUCAGCUCAUCCUUUUUUUGAGCAAACCCGACGACCUAACCUGGAACGAUCGAUGUCUCUUGGGUUGCAUUUGGAUUUUGUUAGCUUGUUCUACCGUAUGUGCUCUGCCUAGGAUACUUAACGACAGAAAAUGUUACCGACUGUACUAUCGAACUCGGAACGAGUUUUAAUGGUUACAACUGUGUAAUUGAACGUGUAUUUUCCAUUUUCCAAUUCCCCAUAAUUCACUCUGUUUGUCCCGCAAAUUUUGCAUCAACUGUUGUUGUGAAAUACUCCUGGGUGUCUGCAUUUUCCCAAAAGCAUUUCACAGCAAUAAUUUGUGCAAUUUUGGGGGAACAAACAGAGUGAACAAUGGGGAAUUGAAAAACAGAGAAUUUACCAAUUUUCAAGAGGUUUUCUAAGUACAAUCAAAAUCUCCUGAUUUUACCAUUUUUUCACGAAGGGAAUACGGCUAAUUCAGUACCACAAAAAGCAGCCCAAAAUGAAACAGUGUAUCUUUUACACUUCGAUGUAGCUACGACAAGUGGCCGUGAUCCAGAAAUAAUUACGGUUAACAACAUGUUUUGUAAUGGAACUGAAAAUUGUGAAUAAACAGAACGUUUUUGUAGAUAUUGUAAAA